CCAUUAUUACACCCACUGUUCUCAAUUCGCCAAAUUUCCUUUCCUUCUCUCUCUGUAGAAGCAAAGCAUCGAAGAAAGCUGCGAAAUUCAAAACUUUGAGAAAGAGAGAGCGGGUGAGCUCUCUAACCCAAUCACAUCCUCAAAACCCUAAAUCCAGAAGAACAUAAAAGAUGGACGACUACACGAGGGAGAUGAUGGACCUCAAGACUCUGGUCACUCGCACCCUUGAGAAGAAGGGCGUUCUGGCCAAGAUCCGGGCUGAAUUGCGAGCAAGUGUGUUUGAGGCAAUUGAAGAGGAGGACAAGGUCAUCGAGAAAGAAGAAGGCUUGCCUCCAGCAUUGCUCGGUAGCUGCAACGAUCGUGCUAAACAGCUCCAUGCUUCCCCUUCAGGAAGGUUGCUUACGGCACUAGUAUGCGAAUACUUAGACUGGGCGCAACUAAACCAUACGCUAAAAGUUUAUCAGCCUGAGUGUAAUUUGCAAAAGGAUUCUUGGAAAGCUGAGUUGAAGGACUUUAGUAGUAAGAAUGGAUAUGAUCUUAACCGAAAUGGGGAUAGUGGUCCUUUGCUUUUGGACGUGCUUGAAGGAUUUUUGAAAUUUGAGAAUUUAUCUCAAGCAAGGGGUACUGGAAGGAGGCUAGCUACUUCAGAAACAGAGUCCUUAUCCAAUUUAGACUCUCGCAACAUGCGAAGACCUUCUUCAUCAUCUGUUGCUGGAGGGCUGCCUCCACUAGGAAGGCCUGGUGCAUCUUCCCAGUCAUCUGAUCGAAGAGGUGGGUCCUCCAUGUCUAGCUACAGGAAAGAUGACUACAAUUGGAGAUAUGAUAGUGAUGAAAGUCCAGAGGAUGUCAUUCGAGCUUCGAGUGCCAUGGAAAACCUUCAAUUGGAUAGAAAAGCUCGCAAUCUAACCACAUCGUGGCGGCAUGCAGGCGAUGGAAUUAGUGAGGAUGAGGGCAGGUCUGAUCAGAUGUAGGCCGAACAACGACAACCUUUGUAUAACUGCACGUGUAUUUGAUUUGUAUUUUAUAUGUUUAAUCCUUCAAUCAUAGUGAUGUUAUGUAAGAUUAUUACUGUAUUCCGAUUUGAUCUAGUGCUUUGUUCGAGUGUUUUUUUCGUGAUGUAAUUUCCUUUUUGACCCUUUUUUUGAAAUCUAUAAAUUAGUAACUGCA